AUGUCGACCGUCGCGGACGAGCUGCUCAACGACUUUGGCAGCUCCGGGGACGAGGCGGAAGAGGAGAACGAUGGCCUUGUCCACCGCGAGAAUGACGAGCAAGAUGGCGACGACCAGCGCAACGGGGACGCCAUGGAGGUGGACGGUGCCAAGAAGGACGACGCGAACGGCGAGGACGACAAAAACAUGCCCGACUUAGAGGAUGCGGAGGCGACCAAGGCGAGGGUCGAGAAGAUGCAGCUCGCUGGCGUCAAAGACGUACGCAGCGUCGCGAGCCUCAUGCAGACUUUGGAGCCAGUUCUCGAGAAAAUCGCACACUAUCGAGCCAAGUCCGAGUCGGAGACGUCGGUCAUCGGCAACAUCGAGGACCACCCUGAGUAUAGUCUGCUCACGCAGUCCAACAGCCUGUCCACCAUGAUCGACGGCGAAGUCGCCCUGGUGCACAAGUUUAUUCGCGAUCACUACUCGGCGCGGUUCCCUGAGCUCGAGCGUCUCGUCACGACGCCGCUCGAAUAUGCCAAGGUCGUCUCGAUCAUCGGCAACGGACCGAUGGACUCGGAAAGCAUCAAGUCGCUACAGACUUCCACGAACAACCCCCUUGGCGUGGGCCUGAAAGCCGUCCUCGACGGCCCAUCGCUCAUGAUUGUCACCGUGGAGGCAACGACAUCCAAAGGCCAUGAAAUGAGCGAGGAGGAGCUGCUCCGUGUCCGCCAGGCCUGCGACAUGGCUAUUGCCCUGCACAAGGCCAAGAACACCCUGAUGGAAUACGUGCAGUCCCGGAUGACGAUAUUCGCGCCGAACCUUACGACUCUCAUCGGUUCUCUCACGGCGGCCCAGCUCCUCAACGCUGCAGGCGGCCUGACAGGCCUGUCAAAAACGCCCGCAUGCAACAUACCUUCCUGGGGCUCCAAGAAGCGCCAGGCUGGUCUGGCCACCAACAUUGGUGUCCGGCAGCAGGGCUAUCUCUACCACUCAGAGAUGAUCCAGCAUAUUCCCAACGACUUGAAGAAGCAGGCCAUGAGAAUCGUUGCCGCGAAAUUAGUCUUGGCCGCGCGAGUCGACAGGAUUCACUCGAGCCCUGACGGGAAGACAGGAGACGACCUCAAGUCGGCGUGCCUGGAGCGACUGGAGAAGCUCACGGAGCCUCCGCCAAACAAGGGUGGCCGGGCUCUGCCCGUACCCGACGACAAGCCCGCGCGAAAGCGUGGCGGGCGCAGGGCGCGAAAGGCCAAGGAGGCACUGGCGAUGACAGAUCUGCGCAAGGCCCAGAACCGCAUGGCCUUUGGCAAGGAGGAGAAGGAGGUGGGCUAUGGCACCGGCGAGGGCACCGUGGGCAUGGGCAUGAUCGGCCAGCAGAACGACGGCCGGAUUCGGGCCCUGCAAGUCGACAACCGGACGAGGGCCAAGCUCAGCGCGAAGAACAAGGGUUGGGGCACGGGCAGCACGGUGGGCUCCGCGUCCAACAUCGGGUCGUUUGGCCCCUCCGGCGGCAUCGACCUGGCGGGCAAGGGUCUCCGCUCGUCAGGCGUCGGCAGCAGCGUGGGCGGAGCCGCCUCGUCACUCACCUUUACGCCGGUGCAAGGUCUGCAGCUGGUCGAUCCCAAGACGCAAGCAGAGCUCACCCGCAAGCGCAAAGCGGAGGAGGACCGCUGGUUCAAGGGCGGCUCGUUCACCCAGAUCGGAGGCGGCUCGGGCUCGAGCGCCAACGGUGGCUUCAAGGUGCCCGAGCUGCCGGCCGCGAAGAGGGUCGAUACCGGCGCGUCCAAGAUGGGGCCGCCACCGAGCCGGCAGAAGUGA